CCCGGGCGCCUGGGCAGGGCGGGGCGGGGGACGGACGGGGCGGCCGCCGGUGGGCUCGCUCGGGCUCGGGGCCCUCCCCCUGGCUCAGGCUCAGGAAUCCGUGUCGUGUCCGGGGCGGGCUGGGGGGCGGGGGGCGGCCGCUUCCUGGGGCCGCUUGUCCAGGGAGCGGAGCCUCGCCAAGCCCACAGGCUCGGAGCAGCCCGGAGCCCCGGGGGCCGCGGGGGUGGGCUCGGGGUCGCCCCAGCCUCAACUGCCAGGCCGAAGGCUGAGGUCCGAGGGCAGAGAUGGCACUGGGGACCAAGGAUGCUUCCUCUUGUCUCCUUCCUCCGGGGGCAGCUGCUGUUGCUGCUACUUCUGGGCACCGCGUCUCCCCAGGAUCCCGAGGAGCCGGACAGCUACAUGGAGUGUACGGACGGGUACGAGUGGGACGCAGAGAGUCAGCACUGUAAGGAUGUGAAUGAGUGCGAGACCAUCCCCGACGCCUGCAAGGGGGAGAUGAAGUGCAUCAACCACUACGGGGGCUACCUGUGCCUGCCUCGCUCAGCUGCUGUCAUCAACGACGUCCACUCGGAGGGCGGCCCCCCUCCCCGGCCCAGGCCCCCCAGGCCUCCGGCCCCCGGCCCGCCUCGCCCCAACCCCUGCCCACAGGGCUACGAGCCCGAUGACCAGGACAACUGUGUGGACAUCGACGAGUGCGAUCUCGAUCUCCACGACUGCCGUCCCAGCCAAGAGUGCCACAAUCUCCCCGGCUCCUUCCACUGCUCCUGCCCCGACGGCUACAGAAAGAUGGGCUCCGAGUGUGUGGACAUCGACGAGUGUCGCUACCGCUACUGCCAGCACCGCUGCGUCAACGUUCCCGGCUCCUUCACCUGCCAGUGUGAGCCCGGCUUCCAGCUGGGGCCCAACAACCGCUCCUGCGUAGAUGUCAACGAGUGUGAGAUGGGCGCCCCCUGCGAGCAGCGGUGCUUCAACUCCUACGGGACCUUCCUGUGCCGCUGCAACCAAGGCUACGAGCUGCAUCGCGACGGCUUCUCCUGCAACGACAUCGACGAAUGCAGACACUCCACUUACCUCUGCCAGUAUCACUGCUCCAACGAGCCGGGCCGCUUCUCCUGCCACUGCCCCCAGGGAUACCAGCUGCUGGGCACCCGCCUCUGCCAAGAUGUUGACGAGUGUGAGACGGGCGCCCACCAGUGCUCCGAAGGCCAGAGCUGCGUCAACUUCCACGGGGGCUAUCGCUGCGUGGAGACCAACCGCUGCUCGGAGCCCUACGUCCAGGUGUCCGACAACCGGUGCCUCUGCCCAGCGUCCGACCCCCGGUGCCGGGAGCAGCCGUCGUCCAUCGUCCACCGCUACAUGAGCAUCACCUCGGAGCGCAGCGUCCCUGCGGACGUGUUCCAGAUCCAGGCCACCUCCGUUUACCCCGGGGCCUACAACGCCUUCCAGAUCCGAGCCGGGAACCCCCAGGGAGACUUCUACAUCAGGCAAAUCAACAACAUCAGCGCGAUGCUGGUUCUGGCGCGGCCUGUGACGGGCCCUCGCGAGUACGUGCUGGACUUGGAGAUGGUCACCAUGAACUCCCUCAUGAGCUACCGGGCCAGCUCCGUGCUGAGGCUCACGGUUUUUGUGGGGGCCUACGCCUUCUAGGGGCCUGGGGGGAGGGGGGCUGCCCCGUGAAACCAUCCGAAGCCAUUCAGGAAGAGAAAAAAUCAAUAAAAAGAGAAAAACACGA